AUGGCCUUUGAUCGCUAUGUGGCCAUUUGUAACCCUCUGAGAUACACCAGUAUCCUCACCAAUGCACGGACAGCUACACUAGGGCUAGUGAGUUUGAUAAGAGGGGUUCUCUUAAUGGUGCCCCUCCCUUUGCUCCUGAGCAGCUUGCCAUUCUGUGCCAACCGUAUCAUCCCUCACACGUACUGUGAGCCUGUAGCUGUGGCAAAGAUUUCCUGUGGGGACCUCACAGGCUCCAGAAUAUACGGCUUGGUGAUUGCAGUUUUAGUCACUGGGAUAGACUUGAUGCUCAUUGCACUGUCCUACGGUCUGAUCCUCAAGGCCAUUUUCAAAAUCUCCUCCAAAAACACCCACCUCAAAGCUCUCCACACAUGCACGGCCCAUGUCUGCGUGAUGCUGACAUAUUAUACUCCCAGCCUCUUCACCAUUAUGACACACCGGUUUGGUCAGGGCAUCUCUCUUCCUGUUCACAUCAUCUUGGCCAACCUCCAUCUCCUCAUCCCCCCCAUGCUCAACCCCAUCAUU